CAAACGCCGGCGAAGAAGUGACUGUGAACUCCGGUGAGUCAAGUGAGAGUCAUAAACGCAAUGUCGAGGUUUCCGUUUAGUCAAUCCAAUUCCGGUGGAGAUUCUUCUCCCGCAACCGAGUCCUCGCUUGCUUUCUCCUUCAACCAAUCCUCAAACCCUAGCUCCGCCGGCGGAUUUAGCUUCGAAUCGACUCCUCUUACUUCUUCCGCAACUCCAUCAUUUGGAUUUGGAACCGCUUCGUCUUCUUCAUCAGCCGCUUCUUCUACAUCCCUCCUUUUCGGCUCCUCACCGUCCAUCUUUGGAGCCACCAGUUCGUCACCGUCUAGUCUUCCAUCUUCUACUUCAACCACUGCUCAUGCUACCGGUUCUCCUACGACAACAAUGACAUCUCUUGGUGUCGCUUCGAGUAGUGGCACAGCGAUUGGAGCUCCAAAUAUGCCAUCUGAAAUAACUGAGGAAAUUGUAAAGGAGGUUAUUGUCGUGGAGGCGGAUACUGAGUUACAAGAGCCUUCAUGGAGAUUUCUGAAACAGGAAAAUGAAGAGCUCAAAAAAAGAGUGACGGAGAUGGAGGAGGAGUUAGAGGAUAAGGAUUCUGACUUAGAACAACGAGAGGAUUUGAUUAGUGCCCUCUUGGUGAAAGAACGCUAUAGCAAUGAUGAGAUACAAGAAGCACGCAAACUAUUGAUUAGUGAACUGAGAGAUUUAAUGGAUGAUGGAUCGAAGAUCAGAGUAAAGAGGAUGGGAGAUCUUCAUGUAGAGCCCUUCGUAAAAGCAAGUAAGCGGAGAUUAACUGGCGAAGACACUAAGCUUUACACGAAAUGGGAAGAAAACCUCAGGGAUCCACAUUGGCAACCAUUCAAAAGGGUGGAGAUCGGAAACAAAGUGAAGGAAGUGGUGGAUGAAGAAGAUGAGAAACUUAAGAAUCUCAGAGAAAAGUGGGGAGAAGAGGUGACGGACGCAGUUAAGACGGCUCUCGAAGAACUUAACGAGUUUAAUCCAAGUGGCCGGCAUGCAGUCCCAGCACUGUGGAAUUCCGAACAAGGAAGAACAGCUACAUUGAGAGAAGCGAUUGCUCACAUGACCUGUGAGAUCAAAACUCUCAAACGGAAAACGAAUCUGAAACACCGUAAAUAAAACUCUCAAGUUCUCUUGUCAGUCGGUGUUUCUCAUUUUGUAUAUCUAAACUAAGUAAUCUAAACCCUUGGAAUGUUUGGUGUAUUCUUACUAAUAUAACUAAUUUCUUAAA